ACGUGCUGUUGGCAUAUUCAAUGUGGUGUUCUUGUCAGCCAGAUAAUGCUGAAAACCUCAUGGCACCAACCAUAUGGCAAAAAUCUUGACGAAGGGGUAAAUUUAGUCGCCUGGGAUGAGCAUAUAAUGACCCUGUUCUCACCAUCUUGGUGCUCAAGUUCAGGACUUUUUGGCUUGUGGAACUCAUCCUCUGAACUGAUUCUGCACCAAAAAGUUGCUUUGAAUUGAACUUUGUUGCUUUUGCUGCCUUGGUUGACCUCAAGAUUCAAUAAUAUAAUUCAUUUCCAAUCCAGCAAUCUUUUCCUUUUCCACUUUUCUUUUCUGUUUGGUUCCUAGCUGGUUCAGAGUGCUGUCUCUUUCAUUUUGCUUUUGUAGCUUUGUUGCUUCAUGUUCAUUGAGUUUCUUUGAAUCCAAAUUUGAUUCUCUUGGGGUCACUUUCUCUUAAAGGGAAGAAAUUCUUGUGCAGAAAUUAGUCUCCAUGGCUAUGGUUACCUUAAAAUCAGGCUGCACCACCACCAUCUCGCAGCCCUUGUCGUUCGAUAAUCACCAACACCACCGGGCAGACGACUCCUUUUCCUCUUACCUGAACUCUUCUGAAAAAACCUUUGUGAGCAAACUUGCAGUUGCAGAGCCUGGUUUGACUGCCAAGUCCAUCUAUGAAGGCCUUUGUUUUGGGAAAAAGAAAGAAGACGGGGAAAUUGGGGUGUUUGAGGCAGAGAAGUACUUCAACGGAGGGAUGGAUAACGAGGAUUCAAAAGCUGCCAACAAUGGCGGUUCAAUCAGGUACCAGUUUAUGAAAGAAGAACCGGUGGAAGAAGGUCCCGUGAAGCCAGUCGAAAUAGGCCUCAUGAAGCCAAAUAUUCAGCUGGGAACUGCAAGUAUUUAUUCUGAUUCAAGCUGGAACAGCCAGAGUUUAUUGUUGAAAGAUGUUGCAAGAAAUCCGCCUGAAAGAAAGACAAACAAAAGGAAUGGCAAGAGCCUGCUUGCCAAUCUUGGAUGCAGCUGCUAUUGUAAUGGCAAGGACUCUGUUGAUGUUGGUAGUGAAAGCAAUUCCAGUAGAAGUGCAAGCUACGAAGUGCAAGCCAAAAGAUUCACAAAAGAACCAAUCCAGAAUGGGGCAGAAACAGUUGGUUCAGCCGAAACCAAGAAAUCCCAGUUGAAUCCAUGGAUCAUGGAGGAGAUGAACAGCAAGAAGAUUGAUCGUCCAGGGCUUGGACUGAGCAGAGAAGAGUGUUUCAGCUUCCCGGUCCUGAACUCGAAGCCCGGGAAUGUUCAUUCACUGGAGCCUGAAGAGGGUAAACAGAGAAAGUCACUGGAGGUGUUCGGCUCCCCUGUGCUGCACAAAACAAAGAAUUCCCUCACCAUGUGGACAUGGGAUUCCGAUGCAACAGUGGAAGAACUCGAAAUCCCGGUUAACUCUGAUGGAACGUACAAGGAUACGGAAAGCGAUGCAAGCUCUGAUUUGUUUGAAAUAGAGAGCUUCACCAACAAGUGCAACCCUCUUCUCCAAAGGCAGGAAUCAGAUGGCUUGUCCAGUUGUGUCUAUGCACCCAGCGAGGCGAGCAUAGAAUGGAGCGUUGUCACUGCCAGCGCGGCUGAUUUCUCGGCGAUGUCUGAUUCUGAGGAGCUAAUAACAUCAUCAGCUGCAGUGAAGGUACAAAAAAUGGCUGCGGGAGCCAAAGCUGCAGCCGGGAAGGACAUGGAAAAGCGGCGUUCGGGGAUCAUCUUAGGCUGCAAGAGCCACAAAGCUCUGAAUGUCGCUGGAGAUGCUUACAGAACUAAUGGAAAGUCAGUCUCUGACCUACCAAUAAUCCACAAUUCACGAGGUUUGAAGAAGAGUCUCAGCUGAACAGAAUCAGAAUUUCAAUCCAGAAUCUGGCAACUCAGCAAUUUAUGAUAGGUGAUUACAGUUUAGCACCAAGUAUGGUGGAUAUAUUUUGCUGUUAGCAAUAUACAUUUCAGAAAAUAAGUGUGUUUACUUCUUGUAACAAUCAUCUCUUAAUGGAUGUCCUCCCUGUGUUUGGUGAAUGUAUCCAUUUGCUUAAUUGGAAAUGGCCUUGUAUGCUGAGGGUUAUCAGUUUCACCAAACCAGGCAUUGUUGCUUUCAGAAUUCUGCCUUUUUCUUCCUUAGAAAGAGCUAAAAAUCAUGGAUCUUGUGUCACAUUUGAUUUGUUGCCAUAUUCUUUUGGGCAUCUUAAGACUGAAAAAGUAUGGAAACUGUGUCAAAAAUGGUUCAGAAACCACUGAUAUUGUUGGAUUAUCAAAAGUUGAGCAGUAGUGGAUAUUUCUGCAGGACCACAUUGGAAGGAGAAAACUUAAGCUCAGGUGGAAUGUCGGCUGAAUGAUGGGUAACUCUUGACUGGAGACUUCACCCAAGUUGAAUAAUUCAUAUUUUUUAAGAGUAACUCUUUGAUAUUUCUUCAGAAUUUUGCCCAGCAUGGAAUGUGAUGAUUGGUUUAUAUGCUUUGGUAGGUACUUGCACAUUUCAUUCCACUGUUCACAGAGUUUGGCAGCAAUCAUCCCAUAACUAGCCCGUAAGUAGAUGGGUCCUGUAUUUGACACUAGCCUAUGCAAUUGGCAAGAAACAUCUCUUAUGGGAUGCCAGAUCACUCGAACAAAGCGGUUAACACGAGAAAGCAACCAUACACUUUUCCAUC